AAUGUUACUCCGAUAUAUAAUUCUGAUAUUAUUAUUAUGUUAUUAAGUCGUACAAUCCACGCUCCCGUAACGACUAGAAUUCAAAAUUGAAUUAGUUGGUCAACUAGUUGAGUUAGUAGGGAAGGAUAAUCAAUUAAUCAUCAGGCCUUGGAAUAUUUGGUGGAGUAAUUGUUUUGGUCACGUAUCUUGAAGUAUUUAAAGAGAAGUUUCAAUUACGAUCCAAAAAUUCCUCAAACGUACAAGAAACGAAUCUGGCCGCCUACCCCAACUGCAGUUCUCUCCAGUUCUGCCGCUGUAAAUACACUUGUACAGAUCCCUCUUGCUACCCACACUAGUUUUAUUAAACCUUCAUUUAUUAUUGCAAUCUCUUUGCUGUUCAUUACCUCUUUUUAUUGAUUCGCCAUUGGUGCCUACAACCUUGGAAGUCGAAGAGGUUGAGAUUUGGGAAAAUUGGUGGGGAUGCGAAUCGUUAUCUGGGUUUCAAGAAUACAAGGCAUUUGAGUGGUAUAGACUUUGUGGGUUGUUCCAUGGGUUUCUCAAAAAAGUGAGGAAAGUAGAUUGCGAUGAGGGUUUUGUGAGAAAUUUAAAUUUCUUGAUGUGGGUUUUGUGAGAAAAAUUUGAUUUCUUACGUGGGUUUUCUGUGGAGUUAGAUUUUUUGAUGUGGGUUCUGGAUAGGAACAAGAUUGGAUUAUACAGUUAGGAUAUUUUGGUUUGAGGAUUUUAUAGGGUUUGGGGUUUGACUCCAUCUUGAUAACGGUUUGCUUGAAGGAUAGAACUUGAAAGGAUCCUACGGUUAAAUUUGAAACUGUUCCAUUAGUGAUAUUGGCGGAUCAUCUUUAGGUCUGUGGAUUAUUUUUCAGACAGGAUUUAGGAGUUGCAAAGAAGCAGUUUUCUUUCCUCCAUACUAAAAAAAAAUUUGUAGGGCUAAUUUUUUUUUUUAGUGGGUUGGGUAUAUCCUAGAUUUUUGUGGAUUGUUUUGUUUGUGAAUAUGUCUGGUGGAAGUGGAACACCAACUGGGGGUGGAUUGAUGAGGCAGAGGCACAACAGCCAAGGAUACGCCUCGAGCAACGAUGACCUAGAGGAUGAUGCUAGUUCAAGGUCAUUUUCUCAGUCGACAUCAUCGGAGAAGAAGAGGACUUGGGUUGAGAUGGUGGAGAAUUUUCUUUGGAUUGCUUCUGCAGUUUUUAUCAUAUUUCUCGGUGACGGGCAUUCCAAUUUUAUUUUCAUCUUGUGGCAUGAUGAUCGGAUUAGAAGAGUACCAUUUUACCUUGGGAUGGUGGGAGUUGGUUUGAAUGUCAUCUUCUUCUUAUACACCAGUUUGUCAGCAUGGAGUUCGCGGAAGUCUGGUGAAAAGUGGGAUUCUCCUAGUACAUCUGCCCUUCCGUUCGUUACCUUACUUGGGAUCAUAUCCUUUUGCUUGUUUUCGUUUUCUUUGUGGCCACUUUGGAGUUUCUUGACCCUACCUCUUCUGUUCACGCUAUUUAUGGCCGGCAUGGUCUUGGUGCCCUACCUUAUGCUUGGGACAUUGAGGCCACAUACCAAUGAGCUCCGUAGAGAUUGAUCAUUUUGUUUCACAGUUAACAACUCCAUGUCCAUACAGAAUUAGGUGAAUAGUUUAUACCUUAGAUUUUACAGUUGGUGACAUUGAGAGCAUAAUCAUAGUUUUGAUUUAUUGUGUUGAACGCAUUACCAGACGAUCAAUGUUUAUAAGAGCAACAGUUCUAAUUUUCA